AAAGACAAAGGCGGGACCAGGAGAGGAAGCUUUUGUAGUCCGCUCUCAGAAACGUAGGAGGCGACACUUGCUGGAGCUGCGGCUCUGUUGCUCUACCUCGUCACCUCUCUCCAUGGCAGUUCCCGAGACCCGCCCCAACCACACUAUUUAUAUCAACAACCUCAACGAGAAGAUCAAGAAGGAUGAGCUGAAGAAGUCCCUCUAUGCCAUCUUCUCCCAGUUUGGCCAGAUCCUGGAUAUCCUGGUUUCCCGGAGCCUGAAGAUGAGGGGCCAGGCCUUUGUCAUCUUCAAGGAGGUCAGCAGCGCCACCAAUGCCCUGCGCUCCAUGCAGGGCUUCCCCUUCUACGACAAGCCUAUGCGCAUUCAGUACGCCAAGACUGACUCGGAUAUCAUUGCCAAGAUGAAGGGCACCUUCGUGGAGCGGGAUCGCAAGCGGGAGAAGAGGAAGCCCAAGAGCCAGGAGACCCCAGCAGCCAAGAAGGCUGUGCAGGGUGGGGCAGCUGCCCCCGUGGUGGGGGCUGUCCAGGGGCCUGUCCCGGGCAUGCCUCCGAUGACCCAGGCGCCCCGCAUCAUGCACCACAUGCCUGGCCAGCCUCCCUACAUGCCGCCUCCUGGCAUGAUCCCACCUCCAGGCCUGGCUCCUGGCCAGAUCCCGCCAGGGGCCAUGCCUCCACAGCAGCUUAUGCCUGGGCAGAUGCCGCCUGCCCAGCCUCUUUCAGAAAAUCCGCCAAAUCACAUCUUAUUCCUCACCAACUUGCCCGAGGAGACCAACGAGCUCAUGCUAUCCAUGCUUUUCAACCAGUUCCCUGGCUUCAAGGAGGUCCGCCUAGUCCCUGGGCGGCAUGACAUUGCCUUUGUGGAGUUUGACAACGAGGUCCAGGCGGGGGCUGCUCGUGAUGCGCUGCAGGGCUUCAAGAUCACGCAGAACAACGCCAUGAAGAUCUCCUUCGCCAAGAAGUAGCACCUUUUCCCCCGCCUGCCCCUGCCCCCUGUUCUGGGGCCACCCCUUUCCCCCCUUGGCUCAGCCCCCUGAAGGUAAGUCCCCCUCGGGGGCCUUCUCAGAGCCGUGUGUGAGUGAGUGGUCGCCACACAGCAUUGUACCCAGAGUCUGUCCCCAGACAUUGCACCUGGCGCUGUUAGGCCGGAAUUAAAGUGGUUUUUUUGAGGUCUGGUUUUUCGCAA